CUCUACAGGGACGUCAUGCAGGAGAACCAUGAGACAGUGACCUCGCUGGGAUUCCCCGUUCCCAAACCUGACCUGAUCGCCCGGCUGGAACGAGGGGAAGAGCCGUGGGUCCCGGAUCUCCAGGCCUCUGAGGAAAGUGUGAGCCUGAGAGGCACCUGCACAGGUGAUAGGACAGUGAGUGAGAACAAGGAGGAGAAUCAGCAGGAGGAAGGUCCUGAGCAAGAGAGGUUUUUGAGAAAAGCUGAAGAGAAUUUUUCCCAGGGCUUGGAACAGGGAGAAGCCUGGGGAGAUGGACAUGGAUCAGAGAUGCAGUUGGGAAACUAUCCCAGGAAGAAACUGGAUAAAUCCACUGAAUGUGGCAGAGGAUGGAAGGAUCCCAAGGAAAGCACAAUUCAGCAGACAAGUCACAAUGAAGAGAAACCCUACAAAUGCCUUGAGUGUGGGAAAAGAUUUAAUGCGAGGUCACAGUUUAUGUCACAUAACAGAAUCCACACCGGAGAGAGACCCUAUAAAUGUUUUGAGUGUGGGAAGAGCUUCUUACAGAAGUCAAGGCUUACUGUACACCAGAGAGUACACACAGGAGAGAGACCCUAUAUAUGCUGUGAGUGUGGGAAAGGUUAUAUUCGGAGCUCAGAGCUUAUUAGACAUGAGAUCACCCACACAGGAGAGAGACCCUUUAAAUGCCAUGAGUGUGGGGAAAGUUUUAAUCAUAACUCAAAGCUUAUUAUACAUCAGCGAUCCCACACAGGAGAGAGACCUUAUAAAUGCCUUGAGUGUGGGAAAGGUUUUAGUGCGCGUGCAACACUUAUUGCACAUGAGACAACUCACACUGGAGAGAGACCCUAUAAAUGCCUUGAGUGUGGGAAAGGUUUUAGUGUGCGUGCAACACUUAUUGCACAUGAGACAACUCACACUGGAGAGAGACCCUAUAAAUGCCUUGAGUGUGGGAAAGGUUUUAUCGCAAGUUCAGCCCUUACUAAUCAUAGGAGAAUCCACACAGGAGAAAGCCCCUAUAAAUGCCAGGAGUGUGGGAAAAGUUUCAGUGUGAAAUCAACUCUUAAUGCACAUCAGAAAAUCCACACAGGAGAGAGACCCCAUAAAUGCUUUGACUGUGGGAAAAGCUUCAUUCAGAAGUCAAAGCUUCGUGAACACCAGAGAGUACACACAGGAGAGAGACCAUAUAAAUGCCUUGACUGUGAGAAAAGCUUCAUUCAGAAGUCAAAGCUUAAGGAACACCAGAGAGAACAUACAGGAGAAAGACCAUAUAAAUGCCUUGACUGUGGGAAUACUUUCAUUAAGCGCUCAGACCUUAUUAAGCAUCAGAGUAUCCACACAAGCGACAAAUUCUAUAAAUGCCAGGAGUGUGGGAAAAGUUUCAAUUGGAAAUCAACCCUUAAUGCACAUCAGGCAAUCCACACAGGAGAGAGACCCCAUAAAUGCUUCGACUGUGGGAAAAGCUUCAUACUCAAGUCCAGGCUUAUUGUGCACCAGAGAGUGCACAUGGGAGAGAAACCCUUUAAAUGCCAUGAGUGUGGGAAAGGUUUUAGUCAGCGUGGAACACUUAUUACACAUCAGCGAACUCACACAGGAGAGAGACCCUAUGGAUGUCUUGAGUGUGGGAAAAAAUUUACCUCAAGUCCAGCUCUUGCUCACCAUAGCAAAAUCCACAUGGGAGAAAGACCUUAUAAAUGCCAUGAGUGUGGGAAAGGUUUUAGUCAGCGUGCAGCACUUAUUACACAUCAGCGAACUCACACAGGAGAGAGACCCUAUGGAUGUCUUGAGUGUGGGAAAAAUUUUACCUCAAGAUCAAUCCUUGCUAACCAUAGCAAAAUCCACAUGGGAGAAAGAGCUUAUAAAUGCCACGAGUGUGGGGAAACUUUCAGAUACCGCUCAAACCUUACUAAACAUGGGAGAAUCCACAUUGGAGAGAUGCAGUAUAAAUGCCUUGUGUGUGGGAAAGAUUUUGUUGACAGAACAAAACUUACUGUUCAUCAGAGAAUCCACACAGGAGAGCUGCAUCUCCCGUCUACGCCUGAGACGUUCGUGACGGCGAGAGAUCUUAUUCAGCUCACAGAGGCGCCGAGCCUCCGGCCCCCGGCACCACCGGUGCGGGCUGUUCAAUCUCGGGGCAAGCCUGCAAUGUUGCGGCCUCCGACCCCUGAUAGACGGGACACCACCAAGCCUCGGACCCGGUCCCGCUCCAGGCAACGGUCACCGUCUCGUCGGUCCCGGUCUUGGCACCGAUCCCCGUCUCGGCACCGACUCCCAUCUCGGCACCGGUCUCCAUCUCGGCACCGAUCUCCAUCUUGGCACUGGUCGCAGUCCCGGUACCGCUCAGUUUCGCGGUCCCGGUCGCACUCCCGGCACCGCUCACGGUCCCGGUCACCGGACCGCCGGUACCAUCGCAGGUCCGCCUCUCGGCACCGAUCUCGACGGCGCGACUCCCGAAGCAGCUCUCGUCACCGACGGUCGAGGUCACGCUCUGCCUCCCGGUACCGAAGGGAUCACUCGUCCAGGUCUCCAUCCUGGCACCGUGACGACCGGCACCGCUCCGCGGCACCGUCCGGGAGCAAGCUGCCUCCGUCUGCACCGCAGUCCGUCAGCGCCUCUGCUCCCCCGUGGCCCUCGCGCCAGCCAUCGGUCGCCUCACAGGCGGGCAGCGAGAUGGACCCCGGAGCUGCCCCCCAGAGUCAACACCUGGGUCAUCAGCAGUGGGGGUUUUGGGUUCCCUGGGGCUAUCAUGAGGCCCAAGGGCUCCCCUUUCCCCAGCGCCCAGUGGGGGCUGAGCGCAGGGUGCCGGAGGCAACAGUGAGCAGGCCUCCCCCUACACCACCGGGGGAGGCGGUACCGUCGUCAGACCCGGCAGGGCCGCCAUCAACCUCCCAAGCUCAGGAACAGCCUCUGCUUGAUGUGGGAGUACAGGCCUUGUCAUCCUCUUCCUCCCCCGAUGAGGUGGUGGUGGGUGCCGCUACAGCAGACCCUCCCCCGAUUGACCUUCGGUCGCACCAAGACCUGCUCCGCAGGGUGGCCAAAGCCAUUGACCUCCCGGUGGCAGAGGUCCCGGAGGAUGAAGACCCCAUCACCAAUGUCAUUGGCGCGGAGGCCCCGAUGCGCGUGGCCCUCACAUUUAUUAAGACCGUCCAGAAGUCUGCCAAGACCAUCUGGCAGACACCGGCGUCUGUUCCUCCCACGGCAAGGGGCAUGGAACGUAAGUACUCGGUCCCCCCCACGGGAUACGAGUACCUGUACACUCACCCCACUCCGGACUCACUAGUAGUUCAGUCUGUCAACGACCGUGAGAGGCAUGGACAACCGGCCCCGGCGCCAAAGUCAAAAGACGCCAAGCGCAUGGACUUGUUGGGCCGCAAGGUGUAUUCCGUGGGAGGUCUCCAGCUACGCAUUGCAAACCAGCUGGCCCUCCUAGCUCGGUACGUCUUUGACAUUUUUGUGUCCCUUGCGAAAUACUCGGAGCUGAUUCCGACGGCUUCUCGUCCGGAGUUUUCGGCCCUGGUCGCAGAGGGCAGACUGGCCUCCCGCUCUUCCAUCCAGGCUGCUCUGGAUUCAGCGGACUCCGGGGCCAGAACUUUGGCAUCUGGUGUGCAGUACACUUUACAAGACCUGCCCUUCGAGACUCAUGGCCUGUUCUCCGAGAAAACGGACUCGAGAAUACAGACCCUGAAGGAUGGUCGUGUAGCGAUCCGCACUCUGGGUAUGCAUAUACCAGCUACCCAGAGGCGUCCCUUCCAGCGGCAGCAGCCCUUCCGGCCUUGUACCCAGGCCCGGUCAAGGCCAUAUAACAGUCGGCGCAACGGCCUCAACCGCCGUAGACCUUCCGGAAGCAGGCACAAUCAGGCCCAAGCGUCGCCUAAGGCCCCGCAAGGCCCCAAACAGCAAUUUUGA